AUGGAGAUGCCCUCUUGGAGGGACCUCCUCUUCUCGCAGCUAGGCUCAGUGUGCAGGAGCAGCAGGCGGGUAGGGGGAUGGCGGCACCCUGGUCACGAAGGGCUGUCAGAGGGGGAUGAGCACAGAGACCUGCAAACCAGUCCAGAUUCCCACCCCCCGACGAGCAGGAGGAAGCAGGGCGAGAUGAAAGUCCCGCUGAAGUCUCAGAAAUCUUGGAUUGAAGGAGUCUUCAAUAAAAGAGAGUGUGCAAAAGUCAUACCCAGCUCAAAAGAUCCUCACAGAUGUCCUGCAGGAUGCCAGAUAUGCCAGAACUUAAUCAGAUGUUGCUGUGGACGGCUGAUUGGAGACCAUCCUGGGAUAGAUUAUAGUUCUCCUGUCUACCAGCCUACCAGAGAGAGGGAGAAUGACGAAUGGUCUGUCCAGAAGCAUACACAUACAAGUCCUACUGACUCAUUUGGAACGAUCAAUUUCCAAGAUGGAGAUCACACUUACCAUGCCAAGUAUAUUAGAACCUCUUAUGACACCAAACUGGACCAGCUAUUACAUCUGAUGGUGAAAGAAUGGCAGAUGGAGCUGCCAAAGCUAGUGAUCUCUGUUCAUGGAGGCAUCCAAAACUUCAAGCUUCCAUCUAAGGUCAAACAGGUUUUCAGCAAAGGGUUGGUCAAAGCUGCUGAGACUACAGGAGCAUGGAUAAUAACAGAAGGCAUCAACAGUGGAGUGUCCAGGCAUGUGGGGGACGCAUUGAAAGCGCAUGCCUCUCAAUAUUUGAGAAAGAUUUGUGCCAUUGGAAUCCCUCCUUGGGGUAUCAUUGAGAAUCAGAGGGACCUGAUUGGAAAAGAUGUGAUUUGCCUAUAUCAGACUCUCAGCAAUCCUCUUAGCAAGCUGAGCACCCUCAAUAGCAUGCACUCCCAUUUCAUCCUGGCAGAUGAUGGGACAGUGGGCAAAUAUGGCAAUGAGAUGAAGCUCAGAAGGAAUCUUGAGAAAUACUUAAACCUUCAGAAAAUACACACCAGAAUGGGCCAAGGUGUACCGGUGGUUGGGUUAGUGGUAGAAGGAGGCCCAAACGUGAUCCUAAUGGUUUGGGAAUAUGUGAGGGAUACUCCUGCUGUCCCUGUGGUGGUCUGCGAGGGCACUGGCCGAGCUGCAGAUCUUCUGGCUUUUAUUCAUAAACACACAGCAGAUACAGGAGAUUUGCCCCCUCAGCUGAAGGAGGAGAUCUCAGUAAUGAUUCAGAACACCUUUAAUUUUGGGCAGAAACAGUCCGUUCAUCUAUUUCAAAUGCUGAUGGAGUGUAUGGAGCACAGAGAAUCUAUAACCAUAUUUGAUGCAGAGUCAGAGGAGCAGCAGGACAUUGAUUUGGCAAUUCUGACAGCACUCCUGAAAGGUACAAAUAUGUCUGCAUCAGAUCAGCUAAAUUUGGCGUUGGCAUGGAAUAGACUGGACAUUGCCAAGAAACAUAUAUUGGUUUGUGGACAAGACUGGAAGGUUGGCUCCCUGGAACAGGCAAUGCUGGAUGCUUUAGUGAUGGACCGGGUGGAUUUUGUAAAGUUGUUAAUAGAGCAUGGGGUGAAUCUGCACCGUUUCCUUACUAUAUCCCGACUGGAAGAACUCUACAAUACAAAACAAGGACCAACAAAUCUACUUUUGCAUCAUCUUGUUCGAGAUGUAAAACAGAGUGCCCUUCCUUUGGACUACAAGAUAUCAUUGAUUGAUAUCGGGCUGGUGAUAGAGUAUUUGAUUGGUGGAGCUUAUCGGAGCAGCUACACAAGGAAACAUUUCAGAGUUCUGUACAACAGCCUUUACAGAAAACGCAAGAGUGUGGUCUCCAGCUUUGCUCAGAGCCUUUCUCAUCGCUCCCUUUGUCAUAAUAAUCAGAUGGGUAGCAGAGUUGAAUCUGCUGAAAACACCUUGCAUUCUCAGUUCAUCAGAACAGCACAGCCUUACAAAUACAAGGAAAAGUCAACUGCUUUUCGUAAGUCUAGGAAAAAGUCAAAAGAUGAACUCAGCUUCUUAGAGGACCAUGAGUCAGCUGGCUUUAUUUACCCCUAUAAUGACCUCUUGGUUUGGGCAGUGUUAAUGAAGAGACAGAAGAUGGCAAUGUUCUUCUGGCAGCAUGGAGAGGAAGCCAUGGUCAAGGCAGUCGUGGCUUGCAAACUCUACAGAGCAAUGGCACGUGAAGCCAAACAGAGCAACAUGGUGGAUGACACCUCAGAAGAAUUGAAGAAGUACUCAAAUGAAUUUGGGCAGCUUGCCCUAGAUGUGCUGGAUAAUGCAUUCAAACAGAACGAGCAGAUGGCCAUGAAGCUACUGACCUCCGAGCUGAAAAAUUGGAGCAACUCAACUUGCCUGAAACUGGCCGUGUCAGUGGGGCUGCGGCCCUUUGUGUCUCACACUUGCACACAGAUGUUACUAACUGAUAUGUGGAUGGGACGCCUGAAGAUGCGGAAGAACUCCUGGUUUAAGGUCAUUCUAAGUAUUCUUCUGCCUCCCACCAUCUUGAUGCUGGAGUUUAAAAGCAAGGCAGAAAUGUCUCAUGUGCCACAGCUCCAGGACUUUCAUCAGUUCACAUGGCAUUACACUGAUCAGAGCCCAUCCACCAUUAAAGAUGAGUUGUCUCUGGAUUAUGAUGCAGAAAAGGGACCCGAGAGGCCAGACAAAAGCCAGACCUUUUCCAUCAACAGUGUGCACGGAAGCCUUCCGAGGACUAGAAAAGUCUAUGAAUUCUACAAUGCCCCAAUUGUCAAGUUCUGGUUUCAUACGAUGGCGUACUUGGCAUUUCUCAUGCUGUUCACUUACACUGUGCUGGUGAAGAUGGAAUCCAGGCCUAGCGUGCAAGAGUGGCUUGUAAUUAUCUACAUUUUCACCACUGCCAUUGAGAAAGUCAGGGAGAUAUUUAUUUCAGAGCCAGGAAAGUUCAGCCAAAAGGUGAAGGUGUGGAUUUAUGAGUACUGGAACUUCACUGAUUCCAUAGCUAUCAUCCUGUUUGUGACUGGUUUUGGCUUACGCUGGGCUGAUCCUCCUGUUCAAACAGUAGGAAGGCUAAUCUACUGCUUGGAUAUAAUAUUUUGGUAUGCUCGGCUCCUUGACUUCUUUGCUGUAAAUCAACAUGCAGGCCCAUAUCUGAUGAUGAUUGGGAAAAUGACAGCAAACAUGUUCUAUAUUGUGAUUAUGAUGGCAAUAGUGUUGCUGAGUUUUGGGGUAUCACGAAAGGCGAUCCUUUCUCCAGAAGAGCCUCCCACCUGGACUCUUGCACGAGAUAUUGUGUUCCAACCCUAUUGGAUGAUGUUUGGUGAGGUCUAUGCUGGAGAAAUAGAUGCUUGUGAAUUAAAUGAAGACUGCCCUCCUGGGUCCUUCCUGACGCCAUUCCUCCAAGCUGUAUACCUCUUUGUACAGUACAUCAUCAUGGUCAACUUGCUGAUUGCUUUCUUUAAUAAUGUUUAUUAUGAUAUGAAAUCCAUAUCAAACAAGCUCUGGAAAUACAACCGUUACCGCUACAUCAUGACGUAUUACGAGAAGCCAUGGCUGCCACCUCCUUUCAUCAUUCUGAGCCACAUUGGCCUCCUCAUAAACCACAUCUGCCACCAUCGUCCCCCAAAUGAGCUGGAUCAAGAGGAAGGCGAUGUUGGACUAAAACUCUACCUGAGUGAUGAGGACUUGAAGAAACUUCAUGAGUUUGAGGAGCAGUGUGUGGAGAGGUACUUUCAUGAAAAGAAUGAAAGCUUGAAUUCCAGUGACAGUGAAAGGAUCCGUGUGACAUCAGAAAGAGUGGAGGAGAUGUUUUUGCUGCUGAAGGAAGUGCAUGAGAAGGUGUUCUACAUCAAAGACUCUUUGCUGUCCCUGGACAGCCAGCUAGGACACCUGCAGGACCUCUCUGCCUUGACUGUCGAUACCCUAAAAGUCAUUUCUGCUGUAGACACGUUACAGGUAGAGGAGGCCCUGCUGGCUGAGACAAAGCACCGAGCCUGUAGGAAACUGCCACAUAGCUGGAAUAAUGCCAUGUAUUCGAAGACUUUGAGCAGUUUGGAAUGUUUAAAUGAUAAGAAUUACAACUACUACAGCAUGCCUCCUUCCCUUCUAAGGAGCUUGGCAAGAAGUCAGUGGUCAUCAGAGUGCCAUAGCCACGUUGUUGAAACUGGGGACUACAAGGACAUGAAGAUAGCAGGUGUCCAGAAAAAGCAAGAAAUAGAAAGUGACACACUCACUUCUGGGGUAUCCUCUGAGAGUAAAUCAACCCCUGGAUAUGGACAGUUCCUCUUGGUCCCACAUCAGGGAGCAGCUUCCACUGAAGAGGUCCACUUGAAUUUGUCCCUUCCAAGCACUCCUGCCAAGUACAGGCGAGAUGAGUUGGCAGCUAAGCAACAAAAUAACCACGGUAGCACUGCAUUGCACCAAAGUUUGCAGAGUACUAAUCUCACUGAAAAAAAGGCAAAAAAUUGCCAAGAGAGACAAUGGGACUCCAUUGUUCAGUUACCAUCUGAGAAGGAUAAUGGGAUUGUGGUGGAGGACUCUGUGAGUCCCCAGCCAUCUGCCACUGACAGGGAGAUCUUAGUGCCCUCACACAACUCCAGUGAGGAAACCAGAGGUGGUUAUGUGAACUGGGGGUUCUCUGAAGGGGAUGAAAAAGGAGUUGUAUGCAGUGAGAAAAGGCAGCAAUCGUGCAUGCAUUCCACCUGUAACAGUGACUGCAACUGCACCCGUGGUACUCCACAACAUGUCCAGAUAAAAGCAUCAAAAUCCUUCUCCUACAACUCAGACAAAUCAGGAUAUGACAGUGACACUUCAGAGCCUGAGCCUAUGUGCCAGCGUAGCACCAUCUUCUGGAUCAACCCACUCAGGAGAGGCUGGACUUUCCACAAGAGCAGCAGCUUUCAAUCCCGCAAGGGAGAGAAAGUGGGGAAGACCUGCAAAACCAAAGAGCUAUCAAAAUCUGCAGAGUUGAUCCCGUCUGUGUGGACAGAAGCAAAACAACAGAACAGAGACAGACAAUCCCAGAAGGACAAGAAGAAACAAAAAAUGCUUCAGGUGCCGGUAGGUACAGGUGUGAUUACAGUGGAUGGUUGUCCCCAGAGCACCCAAAUGAGCUCAGAGCCAGCAGAAAGCUGUUUCUUGGGUGAAGACAAAUACAACAAGAACUGGCUAACUGUAUCUAAUUUCAAUCAGCUAAGUUUGGAACGUCUCAGUUAUAUGCACCAGAAAAUGAAAAACCAAGAAACUGGUAGGCACUCUUUGCAAAUCUGUGACUCUCUGAGGCAGUCUCAAGAGGAUUUGAGUAAUAGCAUGAUUGGGACCACCAGGAAGAAUAAUCUGAGCAGGAAUUCCUCGUUGAGAAGUUCAAACGGCAUUGACAAAAUCUCAGUCUCCUUGAAAACACCUCAGGACCUGCAAUAUCAUUAUUCUGCUGUUGAAAGGAACAACUUAAUGAGGCUUGCUCAGACUAUACCAUUUACACCGGUCCAGUUCUUUGCUGGAGAGGAGGUGACAAUCUAUAGGCUAGAAGAGAGUUCGCCUAUGAACCUAGAUAAAAGCAUGUCGUCCUGGUCACAGCGUGGAAUGGCUGCAAUGAUCCAGGUCUUGUCCCAAGAGGAGAUGGAUGGAGGUCUCCGGAGAGCAAUGAAGGUCAUUUGUACCUGGUCUGAGAAUGAUGUAUUGAAGUUGGGACAAGUCUUCAUUGUGAAGUCGUUUCUUCCUGAAGUGGUUCAGACAUGGCAGACGAUCUUUCAGGAGGGUACAGUGCUACAUCUGUGCCUGAGGGAAAUACAACAACAAAGGGCUGCUCAGAAGCUGAUAUAUACCUUCAACCAACUGAAGCCACAUAGCAUUCCAUAUACCCCAAGGUUUCUGGAGGUUUUUUUAAUAUAUUGCCAUUCAGCCAAUCAGUGGCUCACAAUAGAGAAGUACAUGACGGGUGAGUUCUGCAAGUACAACAACAACAACGGGGAUGAGAUUUCCCCCAGCAAUUUGCUGGAAGAGAUGAUGUUGGCCUUCUCUCACUGGACCUACGAGUACACCCGAGGGGAGCUCCUUGUCCUGGAUUUGCAAGGUGUUGGGGAAAACCUGACAGAUCCAUCUGUUAUUAAACCUGAAGGCAAGCAAUCUGGAGGGAUGGUGUUUGGACCAGCAAACCUAGGGGAACGUGCAAUUAAAAACUUCAUUGCAAAGCACCGUUGUAACUCCUGCUGCAGGAAGCUGAAACUUCCUGAUAUGAGAAGAAAUGAUUACACCCCUGCAAGGCUCAAUCCAGCUGUCAAAGUGGAGACAGAGGCAGGAGCAGAGAGUGCUGUUGCUACUGAUGACAAGCCUCUGGAAAAUUACACCCGUUUGUGAGCAAGCAGGAUGACUUCUGGCCUUUUGAACACUGGAAAACACUCCUUACUUAGUUUUGCCACCUGUCAGUCUGAAAGGACAAAGUCUAGGGUAUGUCUAUGCUGUAACCACAGGGUAUGACUGUAGGUCGAAUAGGCAUUCCUGAGCUAGCUCUAAUGUAGGUCAGGCCCUGGAGCAGUGAAGGUGUGGCAGCAGGAGUUUCAGUGUGGCUUGUGUGAGCCUGCCUAGAACCCUGGGUAAUUAUUCCUGGGGGAAGCUCACGCUACUGAGGGUUUACUGUUCUGGGACCCAAGCUAGCUAGAUUAGAUGGAGUAUGUCUACUCAAGCUAUAAUCACAUCCUUUGAUUACAGUAUAGACACACCCAUAAAUGCACAAGAGUGAUAUUGCUCCAUCUUCUAUAGCUGAAUAUCCUAUGGGCAAGUGGGGCACAUGUUUUCCAAAGGACAUUCUUCAGUUACACACCUCAGUGCACUGAAUCUUUUUGUACUUCGUUGUAAUACUGAUUAGUAAAGAGACUGGAGCAGGGGGCUGCCUUAUCUGAUAAUAAAGUUCAUUUGUACUUCAGUGCCUUAGCUGGAAAUAUGGUAUGAAGCUGAAAGGUGUUUAUGUUGGAAAAUAAAUGGGGCUGCUUUUUUAAAGCUGUAUUUCCCCAAGUAGGAAUUAUAUGCUGCUUAUUUCCCUGCUACCUUACCUGAUCCUGCUUUCAGUAAAACAAUGUAUGUUUGCUUAUGCAUAAAUAGUUCUAUAGCCGUAUAGAUGGCUGCUAUGUGUUCAGUGUGGAGAAACCUGGGAAAACGCUUUUUAGUGAUUCUGUAGUGCAGUUUGGAUGCAGUGAUGGGCCAUCUGAGAACAAGGAUAAAGAUCCUCCAAUGGAUCUAGGUGCCUAAAUCCCAUGGGAUUUAAGUGCUGAAAUACCUCUGCAUAUCUGAGCUCAAGAGUUUAAAAGUCAUGUAAACAAAAGUCCUCAUUCCGUGAGUUUGUGAGGGGACUGCCCUGUGCAAUAAGGGCCCAUUCCUGCAUUCUUUUCACACCCCAAAAUCCCAUUAAAGGACAAACUGGCGGUGUAAUGAAACUGUAUGUCUUUCCAAAUGUGAAUAGGUGGGAAGGUGAAUUCAUCUGCUGUAAAAACACUAUACUUUUUACAACCAAAAUGUUUCAAUUUUUAAAUAGGAUUUUGUCUUUCUUGAAAAUGUCUGUAAUUUGAAAAAAACCCUCUCAAUUCUUUAAGUUUUAAGAUACAAUAGAAAAUUGAAAAGACCUAAUGAAUAAUAUAAAAUUACACUUACUUGGGUGUUUAGUUGAAUAUUGUAGAUACUUGGGUUUUCUCCCUUCAUGUGAUUGAUAGGUGUAUAGAUACGUUUUCUUUUCGCUCUUUCCUACGGAGACCCAGUGCCAGAUCAAAGACUUACGCUUGUGCUUAAAUUGUGCAGUGUGAUUUCAAUGGAACUACUCACAGCAGGUACAAGUAAGUAUUGCUUGACAGGAUUGGGGCCGUAGUGACCCCAGUGUUGCACUACCUAAAAUCUUUAACACAUCCAAUCAAUUCCAAAUCUUGCAUUAGCUGAUUUCUUCUUUUUGUUGUAAAUAGUUGAUACUAGAAAUGCCAAAUUUUUGAACUUAAAUUGAUAGGAAACGUCAAAAGAAUUAAUUUUACCUUUCUAUUUUUCUCUACACUAUAUUUUGUAGCUGCUGAACCAUUCAUUGCAGAAGUCAUCAUGAGACUGAGUGUCUGAGAGCUGCGAACAAAGACACUCUAGUUUACUCUGUGGAAUAUUAUUAUAAUGUCACAUGAUUGCACCAGUAAUUUUGUUUCCUUUCAGGCAGCAUAUCUUUCUGAAUCAUGCACUGAAGUGGACCAUUACAGGCAGGGCCGGUGAAAGGAUAUUUUGUGCCCUAGGCGAAACUUCCACCUUGCGCCCCCUCCUUCCUCUCCCCCCGGAGCAUCGCUUAUUAAAAACUUUCAAAAAUGAAUACUGCAUAAUGUGGCAUUGUUCAUUAGAAUUAAUACAAGGGGGUCAGAGAAGAUGAUCACAACAGUCCCUUCUGGCCUGGGGAAACCUAUGAGCAAGAAGGAGGCUGAGAAUGCCCCCAGCUCGCAGGGUCUCUAAACGUUCCCAGGCUCUGAGUACUUCGCCCUCGGGGGGGAACCCAGGGGCAAGGAGGGCAGAGCCGGGCUUUCCCAGGGAGCAGGUGAGGAUCUCCCUGGGGAUCAGGGCCGGCUCCCUAUAUUGGCACAGUGCCACCAGGUGUGUGUGUCGGUGUUUGGAAGCGGCACCUGCGCCAGCCCUUUCCCCUCCGUCAUGCUGCGGGGUUUAAUUUCACUUUCCCUCACCCCAGGAGGUGGCUGCGCCCGGCUCCAGGCGCGGCGCGUUGGAGGGUGAAGCUCACCUGAGCUCAGGACCGCAUUCUGCCUCCCCCAACAGCUCUGUCUCUCGGCCACAGCCUCCCACUGACCGUCCUGCGUGGCGCCCCUCGCUGAGGGGGCGGGUUUGUUAUGGAGGCCUUGCUCCCCGCCCUGCCCCACUCAGCUGAUUCCCGUGACGCCGGACACCGCUUUUUGGCGCCCCUAAAUCUUGGCACCCUAGGCGGCCACUUAGUUUGCCUAGUGGUUACACUGGCUCUGAUUACAGGUCAGUGCAUAGCAAAGCUACCUGGUGUAAUAUCCUAACUCCAUUGAAAUCAAAAGGAAUUUUGUCAUUGACUUCAAUAGGUUCAGGAUUUCAUCCUGGAAACCAGUGCUUUUCAUUUAUUGCUGCCAUUGCAGUCAGUGGACAAAACUCCCAUUAAUUUCACUGAGAGCAGCAUUGGGCCCCACUAUGACUUGACAUGAAUUUGGUACAUUUAGAGAAUGUAUAUGUAGAUGUAAGCAGGGUCUGAAUGAGUUUCUCCCCUGACAGCUAGCUGGGAGGGGGGAGAGACAUCAGGAGCAAACUGUAUUUACAUGAGCACACUCACUCUGCCUAGAUAUCCAGCAGAUAGAGUGGUGUUGCUCAAAGUGAUCAACUUUGGCUGGUGUUGGGUUAAAAAUCACUUUAAUACUAAAUACAGGGGUAGUGAAAAGUUAUCAGUAUUGUUGUCUUUAUUGUAUGAAUAAAGGGGAGCAAAACAGUGCUUAACCUGUUCUGAAUGAGGGGGUCACCCUCAGCUGAAAGGACCUCGUUAAGUCUGGGGUUCGAAUGCCAGACCCUGUAGAAGUAAGAGGGGUGGGGACAGGUGUCCAAGCCAGGAAGUGUGGACUCUCCCUAAGGGUCCUCUUAAGAAUUUGUGGCUUCUGAAAAUGGAAAUAACUCUCAUGAGUGGUUAUAAUUAUGUGAACUGCAAAUUGUUACUUGCUUAUUAUUUUCACAUUACUUUUCAAAUGUACAUGCGUGCCCAUGUAAAUGUAUAUCAAAGUAAUCAUGGAUUCUUUUAACAGUGCCCAAGAAAAUCACGGAUGUUAUUAAAGGCAGUUAAUCUGAACACGUACAAUGUCAAACUUUGCUUAAUCUCAAAUACUAAUACUAUAACUGCAAUACAGUGCCUGCCUUUGCAACUGUUUGAGGCUGCAUUUCCAACAUAGUACUCAUCUUUUCCAUGUAUGCACUGUAGUAAACUUUCAAUAGCUAUAGCUGUUAAUUACUUUUACCUUAACUUAAAAUACACAUUUGAG